ACUAGUGUGUGUGUGUGUGUGUGUGUAGGCUAAGCGUAGUGUUUUGUUCUGUAUAACGCGCCCGCCUGCAGUGGAUACAGCCUUCAUCAAGCUGUGAAACUCAUGCUCAGUUAGGCUAAAACCUAGGGAGUUAAUAGUUCAUUCGCUUUUUAAGAGUAGGCCUUCUGUUCAGAGCGAAAGUAGGUGUGCUGACGCAGCCGAAAGUGGCAAGUUCUUAUAUUUGCCGGUAAAACAGACCUGGACCGGGAACUUUUGAAUCCCAAAACUAGAUUCUAACUGCAUUUUCCCGGUAAAAAUCUAGCAGACGAUUAAGAUGUCGGCCAAGCUGUAUUAUUUCUACCAUCGCGGCGCAGCGGAGUUAACUCGUUUGACGUGUGUAGCUGCUGGAAUAGAGAGUUGACAUGCUCUUUGAGGGAGGUCGCGACUUCACCACACCGAGCCUAGCCAUAGGAUUCCGGCCCGAGGCGGAUGUGCUGAGCAACGUGAAGAACGACAUCAUGCCCAAAUACAUGCCCAUAUUUGAGAAGGUAGCGUCAGAGAACGGCACAGGCUACCUGGUGGGAGACAGCCUCACGAUAGCUGACCUCAGUGUGCUGGAGGGACUCUUGACAUUCACAGAGUACUUUGGCAAAGAAAUAUUUGAGGGAUUUCCAGCGCUAGAGAAAUUCUUCAACAAGGUGACAUCCCUGGAGAAAAUAUCGGCUUAUCUGAAGAGCCCUCGCAGGAAGAAGAAGAAUGAUGAGCACUGCAUCGCCAAAGUCAAAGAAAUUCUUGACUGGAAUUGAAUUAAUGUGACAAUAAACUUUACCGAUACGUUGUAUUGUAAGCAGUAAAAGUGGACUUCCUUUUCAUUCAUUGUACCCGGUACUGUUAUCGAUCAGAUUGCCUGUUUAAAAUCAUUUCAAAGUCUAUUGGGCCCUGUUUCGUAUUGUGAAUGGUGAUCAAUAUUUUUUUAAAAAUUAAUUUACACAAAUGAACCAUGUAAAAGUAAGAUAUUGAAUAUUAGAUAUGAAGGUGAUCAUUAUUUUUUUUUAAUUUACACAAAUGAACCAUGUAAAAGUAAGAUAUUAUUAAAUUUACUGGUACUCUGUUUGUGCAGCGAUUGAGAGUUUUGUGAGAAGUUACAUGAGUAUUAGACUUUUGGGUCGAGUAUCUUGAGUAUCAUUGGGUCAGCUUUUCAUCAUGUUGCAGUUGUUAUUCAAUUGUUGCUUUUUUUCUCUCUCUAUUUUUGUUGAUGUUUUCAAAAUGACCAUUUACACAAUAAAAGUUGUGCGAAAAUAG